GUUUGACACAGCAGUUGUCAUUUUGUGAUGGCGGCGCUUGGGGAGUUACGCUAACGCUACUGUUCUUUAUCAUACGACGCGGUGUUUUCUUAGUUUUGCUUAUAAGAUUUUGUUUAUUUGAAAUUAAUUUAUUUUAUACUAUUUUUAAUAUGUGUUAUCAAGUGGACUUUUUCAAUAAAUCGUAUUUUUCUACGAUCUUUAACUGGUGCUAUCAAUAUUGUGUUACUAAAUAAAAAAAUAUUAUACUUAUUGGAACCUUAUAAGCGUAAACAUUGAAUGUUUAAGUGAAAUAUUAGAAUUUUAGAAGGCUUAAGGAAUUUCCCGACUUUAUUCAGAAGUUUUGCAAGUAAACAGCAAAUAUGAAUGAUGUUCGGGACAAAGUGGUCGCUGGAAGCUCGACGUGGGAGAGUAAUGCAACUCAGAGUGAUUCCUCACCAGAACUGCAGUCUUCACCAAGUGGAAGUGGCGAGACUCCUCAGACUCCCGGAGCGCCAGUACCGUUGGCUCCUCACUUGGCUGCUGAAUUGCAUCCAGAUUUGCUGCAGCAGGGUUGGCGGAAGUACUGGUCCAAAAGAGAGAACCGGCCAUACUUUUGGAACAAGUUGUCCGGUGAGUCAAUGUGGGAGUUACCUGCUGUUAAGCGAGAUUUUGACCCUAUAACAGAUCCAUUGGGUAUUUGUCACACUGGGCCAUCAAAUGCGGGUAAUAUGACUCCCGGUACCAACAAACGUCGUCCAUCUGAAGAUAAUGGACCUCCACCAAAGAAGUUUGUACUGGCUGGCCCAUGGGAUAUAGAAGUACCAACUAAUGUUGUAAUAUAUGAGAGACCUCCAACUAUAUGUCCACAUCCCCAUCCAGAAAUAGAAGGAUUUAGAUUUACUUUGGCUAAUAAAUUAAGACAGUGCUAUCAAGAGCUUUGUCACACAAGGGAAGGCAUAGAUGCCCCAAAAGACUCAUUUAAUAGAUGGUUGAUGGAAAGGAAAGUAAAUGAUCAGGGUGGUUCUGAUCCACUUCUACCCAGUCAUUGUUUUCCAGAAAUAUCACAUUCGAUGUAUGAAGAAAUCAUGAAUGACAUUCCAAUAAAGCUGACACAUCCAAAGUUUACUGGUGAUGCAAGAAAACAAUUGUCUAGGUAUGCAGAAGCAGCUAAGAAAAUGAUUGAAUCUAGAAAUGCAUCACCUGAAAGUCGUAAGGUUGUAAAAUGGAACGCUGAGGAUACUUUCCAAUGGUUGCGGAGAACUGUAGGGGCAACGUAUGAUGAUUUCCAGGAUAGACUUGCACAUUUAAGGAGACAAUGCCAACCACACCUCGCUGAGACUGUGAAGGCAUCAGUGGAAGGAAUCUGUCUGAAAAUCUAUCACUUGUCUGCUGAAUAUGCCAGAAAAAUCAGGGAAAAACAUAGUGGUCUCCUCAAAGAAAAUGGAAUACAAGAACUUCAGGCACCACUACAGCAGGCGGCGCUGCGUAAAGUGUGGUGUUACCCCGUACAGUUUGCAGUGCCGGCGCCGCGACCGCCGCUAGUAGAGCAUUUCCUCGACCGCGAUCAGACUUUAUUACGAUAUCUCGGUGAAACACAAGUGCUCAAUGCUGUGUAUUUACAGAAAUUGGAGUGCUUAUACCGCUACAGCUGCUUUGACGACAAGAAGUUCGAGCAGUUCUUGUCGCGCGUGUGGUGCUUGCUGCGGCGCUACGCGGCGUGGGUGGGCGCGGGCGGCGAGGCGCAGCUCACGCAGAUGUCGCUGCCCGUGCCCGUGCUCGAGUGCCUGCACCGGUGCUUCGGCGUCACCUUCGAGUGCUUCGCGAGUCCACUCGACUGCUAUUUCAGACAAUAUUGCUCAGCAUUCGCUGAUACUGACUCGUAUUUCGGAUCUCGAGGGCCAUUCCUAGAGCUACGCCCCGUAUCGGGGUCUAUGGUGGCGCACCCGCCGUACUGCGAGGAGCUGCUGGAGGCGGCGCUGCGCCACAUGGAGCGGCUGCUGCAGGACUCGGCCGAGCCGCUCAGCUUCGUCGUCAUCCUGCCCGAGUGGCCCGACCGCCAGACCCACGCGCUGCACAAACUACAAGCCAGCCAUUUUAAGAGAAAACAGGUUGUAAUUCCAGCAUUUGAGCACGAGUACCGCCACGGAUUUCAACAUGUUCUUACUAAGAACGAGGUGUACUUCAGAUGGGGCGGCGGCACGGUGGUGGUGUGGCUGCAGAACGCGGCGGGCUUCGCGCGCUGGGGGCCCACGGAGGAGCGCGUGGAGGCGCUGCUGGACGCCUGGCGCCCGCGCGCCAAGACGCGCGAGCCCGCGCCCGCCGCGCCGCCCGACGCGCCCGCGCCGCCAGACAAGCGCUAGCCACGCUGUAAAUAUACACUGUACAUACAUUUACUUAGCGUAAUGGAUGGUACCGAUGGUAUCUUUUUUAUUUUUAAAUCUCGCUUCUCUGUUGUAUAGUUCGAUAAAAGUUUAUUAUGUUUUGAUUGUUUAUUAUAUUUUCUGAAAAAAAAAAAG